UAAAGUCACUGCCCAGCUCUCGAAUUUGACCAAAGCUGCAAAAAAUAUAUCUCUGCUCAGUCAGAAGCUCGCAGCGCGGCUGCCUCGAUACCCGGCCUAGCGCAUUGCUCCCUGCGUACUACCGCCAUCUCUUCUCAGCAUGCUCUUGGUUUUCAAGAUAAUGGUUUGCUUCUCAUGGCUACAAAUAUAAAAAGGUCCCAGUCGCUGGCCGUUUCCUUUGAGAGGAGAACAAUGUGUCGGCUCGACACCAGGACCAUGGCAUCUGGGGAGCCAAUUUGGCCAAUUCCCAUGAAGGCGAUCGGAGCCCAGAACUUACUGACAAUGCCUGGUGGCGUUACAUCAGCUGGAUAUUUGCACAAAAGAGGAGGAAUACGUUUUCAGCUUUUAAAGUGGCCCUUGAGAUAUGUGAUCAUACACAAAGGGUGUGUGUACUACUUUAAAACUAGCACGUCUUCUUCAUCGCAAGGGGCCUUCUCCCUAAACGGAUACAACAGGGUAAUGAGGGCAGCAGAAGAAACAACAUCAAGCAACGUGUUUCCUUUCAAGGUGGUUCACGUCAGUAAGAAGCACCGCACGUGGUACUUUUCGGCAGCUUCCGAGGAGGAGAGGAAGAAAUGGAUGUUGGCGCUUAGGAAAGAAAUUGACCGUUACCAUGAGAAAAAAGAGACGGUCACAGACUUGAGCGAUACAGGGUCAGAAAGCGACAGUUUCUACGAUUCUGUGGAGAGGCCCGUGAAUAUCAAAUAUACACAAAAUCCCUCGGAAGACAGUUGGCAAGAUCAAGAUGAAGAUGAGGACGACUAUCUGCAACCAGAUGGGAUCGACGCUGCACCGACAUAUCCAAUACCACCGGUCCCAACUCAUAGCGACAGACGAUCAUUAUCUUAUCUUCCUCCUAGCCCCUCUGUCAAAAAGAGCACCUCUGAUAGUAAAGAUUUAGACGUGACAGGUUCAGUUCAGAAACUAGUUACCGUUCAGAACUAUGGGUCGUGUGAGCCAGGCACCAAGCAUCCUCCAAUAUCGGUGAGUCCUGCAGUCCCCGAAGUGGGGGAGCCAUUUGCCCUUGCCGAUUCCCACAAGAAAUUCUCAUACAUAAGCGAAAAAGAAGGUCCGGGUGCCCGAAAGGAUAAUACAUGUUUUCCCAACUCUAAUAUGGCGGCAAAAAAUACAACGCUAUCUCUUCUACCACCACAGCCACCUAUUCCCUGGAAAAACCCAGCUGUCUUGCUACCCUCAAACAGCAUUGGAAACUGUGAAACCGGUGUAAGCCCUUUCAUCAGGGAACUCCACAAUACUGUGAAGGCAGAAUCUACCACUCCGCCGCCAGUGCCAAAGAAUAAACCGGUCACUGGAGUAUCAACGCCUAAACAGUCUGCCAACGCACCAGUUCUACCAGUGAAACCCAACAAAUCGCCCAACGCUGGCAGUUCAACACCUCCAGUUCCACCAAACAAGCCCAAAUUUAUAGGCGCUGGUGACCAAUCACAAGAGGUCAGCACUUCGCGGGAUGAAAAAAAGCAAUUUCCAUUAAAACCUCCACCGAUACAGCCGUUAUCUCCAAUAGUGAGAUCGCCCCCCGAUGGACAGAGUUUCAGAAUUCCCAUUGAACCUCCGAUUAUGCCUGUGAGGCCACUGGUAGAUGAUAGAAGUGACAGCGAUGAAGACUAUGAAAAGGUCCCGUUACCUCCUACUGUUUUUGUGGAAACCACGGAGUCCAAUGAGGUUGAGUGGAUGUUCAAAGCUGCAAGCUCUGGAGGAACGCCUGUGAACGGCCUAUUCUGUAUUAGGAAUUCUUCAAAGAGCGGAAAGGUAUUAGUCGUGUGGGAUAAAAAAACGGAGAGAGUUCGGAACUACAGAAUAUUUGAAAAGGAUAAUAAAGUAUACUUGGAACCAGAUCUUUCAUUUGCCGACAUCGGGGGAUUGGUUGAACACUACUAUGAGAAUACAUUACCCAGCCAUGAGACCCUGCUUCUCCGACAUGCCUAUGGGUGCCCUGGAUCUUCAAGGUGACUCUUGUGAACAAAUAGAGCUGAGAAACUGCUCUAUUGAGAAAUGGAAGGAGCAUAUUUUGUGUUCCAUUGCUCUAAAAUCCAUCCAGGAUUGCAUAAUUUCAUUGAUGGAAGCAUUUUAUGGUUACAGAUCCUCUUGGAUCAAGUCUCUACAAUAAAAACAUUGACAGAAAGUUAUGUGCAGAGAGACAAAAACCAACAAACAGUGGGC